AGGAGUGACACCGUGAAGCUGCACCAAGCAUGCCAUUCAGCUCGCCGCGCGCUUUCACACGCGCACUGACCGCUUCGGAGGUUACAGGAACAAAGCACGUGAAAAGGGACCGAGCGCGGUCCGCAUACUGGGACAACAUUUUGCAAAAGACAGUCCUAUUUUUCUCUACGGUUAUUUUCCAUCGUCUGAGUUAUUUAUGCACACAUAUUUAUUGGAUACUUUAAUGCAUAUUGUUAAAUUAUAGAGGGGAAAAACUGCUACUGAAACAUUAUUCUUAAAACGAGGAACUUCUUAGACCGGCUCCCUCCGGACUGCUGAAGUUUUUUCUUUUUUAAAAAUGCACCUACUUGGAUUAUCUGUCUGGCUGGCGUGUUCGGCAAUCCUUUACACGAACUUUGCGUUCGAAUCCAGUCACGACUAUUACGAUUACGACCAAGAUGAAGUUGAUGCCCCGGAGACGUCUCAGCCCUAUUUCGAGGAGCGCCUCCGCUCGGCCGGCAGCGUGGACGAGCUGAUGCGCCUGCUCUACCCGACCUACUGGAAAGUUCAGAAGUGCCGCUCGAAACGCACGAGCACGUCGCGCUUCACGCCGCGAGAGCACCACGAGCUCACCACAGCGGACGUGCGCCCCGACGACCCGACCUUCGCUGCUGCCUUCUUCAACUUCGACAUCUUUGCCAGUAUUCAGGCUGAGUGGAGAAAGACCCUGUGCAUGCCGCGUGAAGUGUGUAUAGAUGUGGGGAAAGAGAUUGGGUCCACCACACACACCUUCUAUAAACCACCGUGCGUGUCUGUCUACAGAUGUGGAGGCUGCUGUAAUAAUGAGGAGCACCAGUGUAUGAACAUCACCACCUCCUACGUUGGCAAGACGCUGCUCGAGAUCACAGUCCCCGUUAAACACCCUCCGAGCCCUGUCACAAUCAGCUUUGCCAACCACACCUCGUGCAGCUGCUUGUCGAAGUUGGAUGUGUAUCGGCAACGACACUCUAUCAUCCGACGAGCACUGCCAGAAUGUCAUGCAGUGAAUAAAACAUGUCCAAAGAACCAGAUCUGGAGCGAUGGCUAUUGCAGAUGUGUACACGACACCCUCUUCCCUCAGUACCACUCAGAUUUCGUGGAUCAGGAUCUCUGUGGUCCCCACAAAGAGCUGGACGAAGACACGUGUCAGUGCGUGUGCCGGAGGGACCUGCAGACAUCGCGGUGUGGCCCACUGCGCCACCUGGACAGGGGGACCUGUCAGUGUGCAUGUAGAGCGCAGCUGUCCCCCUGCGGUCCCCACCACACCUUCAACAAGGACACGUGCCAGUGCACAUGCACCAGGACUUGUCCCAGCAGUCAUCCGCUCAACCACACUAAGUGCACGUGUGAGUGCACGGAGUCGACCAGAACGUGCUUUCUCAAAGGCAAGAGGUUCCAGCCAGCCACGUGCAGCUGCUACCGGCUGCCAUGUCUCAUGGACCCGAAGAAAAAGCGGCGAUGCGAGGACGGUUUUCACUACAGCGAGGAAGUUUGUCACUGCAUUCCCAACUUCUGGAGGAGAACCAACUAGCGCACAGGGCGUGGAGCUCACGACGCUAACGGCCCACAGAGACGCUAAUGUUACGGAGUGGCACACAGGGGAUCGGCGACUAUACCGACAGGAGUGGAACAGCCAACCGUUAUUUUGGGGACUCACUAAAGAAAACGUGAAGAUGUUGGAUUGUAGGCCUAACCUCCAACAUCAGGUGCAGGACGCGAGUUUGGGCUACUUUGAACUUGAUUGCCAGGAGAGAUUUUUUUAAAGGCUGGAGCCAUUUAAUUUUCUACAUCUUCAACAGAUUUGUUUACUCAUUAUUGUCAGAUAUUGAUUAUAUAAUUUAUUGCCACUAAAUGUUUUGAAACUAUGUUCAUAGCAAUUUGGAAUCUUUGCAAAGGAACACUGUGAUCAAUAUUUUUGUAUCAUGCAAAGUCCCGUAAAAUAAACUAUAAAGUUGUACUAUAUAUUGCUAACAUAUUUAUAAGAUGUUCUAUCAUACUGAAAUAGUACAGAAAAGGGAAAAGGUUAUCAAAUGUAUUGUUAUGAAAUAGCACUAGAACUUCAUUAUAUUGAAUGUGCAUCAACAAAUAUUUUCUACAUGUAACAUUUUAUUGACAGUACUGUUCAGCCCACAGGUACAUGAGUUACGUACAAAGGCACAGCUAGCCGAUCAUCUAUGACUCUAAAGGCACUGCUAGCCAAUCAUCUAUGAAUAUAAAGGCACAGCUAGCCGAUCAGCUAUGUCUCCAAAGGCACAGCUAGCCGAUCAUCUAUGUUUCCAAAGGCACAGCUAGCCGAUCGUCUAUGUCUCUAUAGGCACAGCUAGUCUAUCGUAUAUGUCUUCAAAGGCACAGCUAGAGGAUUGUCUAUGACUCUAAAGGCACAGCUAGCCGAUCAUGUGUGUCUUCAAUGGCAUAGCUAGUCGAUCAUCUAUGUCUCUUAUGGCACAGCUAGCUGAUUGUCUUUGUCUCCAAAGGCACAGCUAGGCUAUCAUCUAUGACUAAAGGCACAGCUAGCCGAUCGUCUAUGACACUAAAGGCACAGCUAGCCAAUCAUGUGUGUCUCUAAAGGCACAGCUAGCCGACCAUCUAUGAAUCUAAAGGCACAGCUAGCCGACCGUCUAUGACUCUAAAGGCACAGCCAGCCGAUCAUCUAUGUCUCUAAAGGCACAGCUAGGUGAUUGUCUAUGACUAUGGGGGUGUAUAAGAUAUAUGUGUUAAAACAUGAGUGUGUGUGUGUGUGUGUGUGUGUGUGUGUGUGUGUGUGUGUGUGUGUGUGUGUGUGUGUGUGUGUAAGAACAGGAAAUAUGUGUUUGCCCUCUUUUUAAUUGUCAUUGGGUCCUUACAACACUGUAAAUACAAUAAAUCACUUUUGCUUCUA